AUGCUCAAGAGCGACAAGAACGUGCCGCAGUACCGGACGUUCGACGCGCCGGCCAAGGCCGCCGCACCGCACCCGCAAGACACCUCCAACGUUUUUACGUGGCUCUCGUUCGACUGGGUCCAGCCCUUCCUUCGCGUCGGCAACACGCGCCAAUUGGCGCCUGAGGACAUGUGGCCGCUCCAAGAGGUCAACCGCGUCGGCCGCCUCGCCGGCGAGUUCAAGGUCGUGUACGAGCACCACAACAAGGGCAUUCUGACGUCCUUCUUUGCGAUCUACUGGGGCCGCUUCAUCGUCCUCGGCUUCAUGCAGCUCUUCACCGUGCUCGCCGACUUGUAUGGCCCCGGCUACGUUCUCGGCGAGAUCAUUCGCGCCGUCGAAGCGCCGGUCCUCGACACGACGUAUGUCCUCCAGCUCAUCGGAUCGCUGUACGUCAGCCAGCUCGUCAAUGCCUUUGUCAAGUCGCACAUGAACUACAUGAACGACGUCAUUGGCAUCCAGUUCUCGUCGUCGCUCCGCUCGAUGCUCUUUGAGAAGGCGCUGCUGCUCAACGCAUCUUCCAAGAAGGAGAAGACGGCGGGUGAUAUUGCCAACCUCUUCUCGAUCGAUGUCAUCAACGUCAUGAGCUUUGCACUGAGCAUCCACCAGAUCUGGAUCGUGCCGUGCCAGGUCGGCUUUGUGCUGUACCUUCUCUACAAGAUCAUUGGCUGGUCGAUCUUUGUCGGUCUCGGCGUUGUCGCGGUCAUUCUGGUCAUCAACGCCGUGCUGGCCAUCAUGCUCGGCAGCGAGGAAGAGCGCCUCUUCAAGCUCAAGGACGACCGCAUGAAGGUCGUCAACGAGUUCCAGGCCAAGAUCCGCCAGCUGCGUGAGAUCGAGCUCGGCUCCAUUGCGCGCUUCUUCCGCAUCGUCAUCGUCCUCAUUUCGUUCAUGAACUGCACCCCCGUGCUCGUCACCGUCGUCGUCUUUGCAACGUUUACGCUCUGGAUGAAGCAAGCAUUGACCGUCACGAUCGUCUUUUCGACGCUGGCGCUCUUCAAGUCGCUCCAAGACGCCCUUGUGAACCUUCCGAUUGUCAUCAUGGCCAUGGUCCAGUCGCUUGUCUCGGCCAAGCGCAUCAACGACGUGCUCUUGAUGGACGAAGUGGACCCGGCCAACGUCUCGACGCCGUCCGACCCGAUCGCCGCCGUCUACGCCAAGGACCAGGUCGUCCUCGCCAUCGACAAUGCCUCGUUCACGUGGGACACGACCGCGACGCCCACCUUCACCAACGUCAACCUCCGCGUCACGCGCGGCGAGCUCGUCGUGCUGCAUGGCGCGGUCGGCCAAGGCAAGUCGUCGCUCUGCUCGGCGCUCCUCGGCGAGAUGCAAAAGCUCUCCGGCUCGGUCUUUGUCGGCGGCCAAGUGGCCUACCUUGCGCAGCAGGCGUGGAUCCAAAACACCACGAUCCGCGAAAACAUCCUCUUUGGCCAGCCGUACGACCGCACCAAGUACGCGAAAGUCCUCGACGCGUGUGCGCUGCAGAGCGAUCUCGCCUCGUUGCCGGCCAGCGACCGCACCGAGAUUGGCCAGAAGGGCAUCAACCUCAGCGGCGGGCAGAAAGCGCGCAUCGCCCUCGCCCGCGCGUGCUACAGCGACGCCGACAUCUUCAUUUUGGACUCGCCCUUGUCGGCUGUCGACGCGAUCGUGGCCAGCGAGAUCUUUACCAAGUGUUUCCUCGGCCUCUUGGCCAAGAAGACGGUGCUGCUCGUGACGCACAACCCCGAGAUCAUCGAGUCGUCGGCGGUCGCGAGGACGCUGCUUGUGCAAGACGGUCAGCUCAUCGAGUCGACGCACGACUCACCGCGCACACGUCAAGAAGCGACGCCGGCGGUGACGCCGCUCAAGGCCCGCACGCCGUACUGGGAAGAGUCGGAGGUCGUCGAGUACCCGGCGCCGGGGCCGCGCCAUGAGAUGCUGGUGACGCCGUCGCUGCGCACGCCGUACAGCUACAACGCGCGCGAGAUGCUGUACACGCCGCGCGAGCCGGUCGCGGGCCAGUCGUUUGAAGAGUCGGGCCGUCUCAUCGCCGACGAGGAGCGCGCCGAAGGGCGUGUUUCCAAGGAAGUCGUGGUCGCGUAUCUCGGUGCCAUGGGCGGCUGCUGCACGUUUGUGGUGAUUGCAUUCACAACGAUCGCGAUGCAAGUGCUCAAGGUCGGCAGCGACCUUUGGCUCACGCGCUGGUCCAACGAGAGCGAGGGCGAAGACGCAGCGACCUUUGCUGCCUCGUCGGAGCUCGGCAUGGGUAUCUAUGCGGGCCUCGCGCUCGGCAGCUGCGCGAUGAUCACGCUCCAGACCGCGUCCGUCUUUGUCUACGGCCUGCGCGGCUCUCAGAAGCUCUUUGAUGCGAUGCUCUCGAGUCUCCUCGAAGCCCCCAUGCGCUUCUUCGACACCAACCCGAUCGGGCGGAUUCUCAACCGGUUUGGCGACGACGUCGGGUCCUGCGACAUGGGCAUUCCGUUCUCGCUCGGCCCGAUCUUGUUUGAGGUGUCGUCGGCGAUGUUUACGCUCGGAACGACGCUCAUCAUUACGCAGUGGCUUGGCCUCCUCGUGCUCCCGCUGCUUGUUGUCUACUACAAGUAUGGCGCGUUCUUCUUGGAGCCGCUUCGCGAAGUCAACCGGAUUUGGAAGACGACGCGGUCGCCGCUCAUUAGUUUGGUCUCGGAGGGCAUUGACGGCUCGACAACGAUUCGCGCGUUUGGCGACAAGCAGCUCCGCCGCUUCUACCGGCUCCAUCACCGCAAGAUUGAGACGUUCUGCGAGUGCCGGUUUGCGUACAGCUGCAUCAACCAGUGGUUUUCGAUCCGCAUCCAGCUCAUCUCCAACACGAUCGUGGCGCUCAUUCUGCUCUCGAUAGUCUUCCUGCACGAGUCGCUGAGCCCGGGUAUUGUCGGCCUCUUGAUCACGUACGGUCUCUCGAUUCCGGGCAACCUUGCGUACCUCGUCAACAUUUGGUCGCAGCUCGAGACGUCCAUGAUCUCGCCCGAGCGCAUCCAUGAGUACAUCAACAUCCCCAAGGAAGGCGAGCGCACGUCGAGUGCGUUGUUGGCACCGCACUGGCCCACGACAGGUGCCAUCACGUUUGACGACGUCAGCUUUCGCUACAAGCCUAACGACCCGCUCGUGCUCAAGAACGUCUCGUUUGCUAUUGCUGGUGGCGAGAAGAUUGGUAUCGUUGGCCGCACGGGGGCCGGGAAAAGCAGCCUCAUGAUGGCGCUCUUCCGCAUGAACGACCACGACGAAAAGCUCCUCGGCCCCGUGGACGAGAACGGCGAGAACUUUAGCGUCGGCGAGCGCCAAAUGCUGUGCAUGGCCCGCGCCCUCCUUCGGCAAGCCAAGGUCGUCGUGCUGGACGAAGCGACGGCGGCCAUCGACCACGCGACGGACAAGGUGCUGCAGCGCGUGAUCCGGACCGAGUUUGCGACCUCGACGGUGCUCACGAUCGCGCACCGCUUGGACACGGUCUUGGACUGCGACCGGAUCCUCGUGUUUGACCAGGGCGCGUUGGCGCAGAGCGGGACGCCGCAGGCGCUCGUGGCUGCGGGCGACGGCAUCUUCUUUGAGCUCGUCCACGAAGGCGGCUAG